AUGGCUAAGGCCACGACCUUUUUCCUCGUAGCACUCCUCCUUGUCUUCUCUCAUUGCUUUGCCUCUCGUGAAGGCUCGAUUGCUAGUUACCCUAAUACAUUCGAACAAACAAAUGAGGUUAACAAGGAAGACCGAGUUGAAGAUAAAAUCUACAACGCAGCUGGAGAAGAUGAUGAGACUGCUCAUCUCGAUUACAUUUAUACACAGGGGAAUAAUAAUAAACCAUAG